UCUGUUCUUUAUCUCCCCGCGAACCGGCUGGCGGAGUGCGUCUGGUGAUUCUGCUCGUAGAUUCUAGGUUUACCUGGACUACACCGAGGAACAACCCGGUGACCCUUUCGACAAUGAAUGGAGUAGGUCUACUUCGGGGAUCGGAACCAUCCACUCGAGGAGAUGAGCGCUGUAAGGAUAGGAUGCUAAAUUAACGUUAAACUCAAAAUACUGGCAGCCUGGUCAGUAACUACCGGUGGAUACCGAAUAAUUCAAAUCAAAUGUUCUAACGUCGUGCGUUGUGGAUAUCAGUGAUUUAUGACGUUUAUUUCUCACAUUCUCGUUCCGCAUUUAAAUGCGUUGGGCCAGAACUGGACUAAUUGUUAUGCUAUUUAUGGGGUUGCUAUUUUUUGUGUACGGAACGGCCAACACCUCAGAGGCAUAUGAAAGAGCGAUGUGACACUGAUUCCACACAUCCCAAAAGAGGCUGCUCAGAGAAGAAUAUGAAAAUGCAAGACAUUGGAGAGACCAUCCAUUUUGUGUCUGGAGAUUAUUUAAAGGAACGGGACAUUGGGAUAAUUAUAGAAACCGGAGCUUAGAAACAGGAGCCUCUGGAAAUGCAUUCAUCUACAUGGGAGCACCCAGCAAUGAAAAUUGAUGUUGACCGUAUACAUUGUAUGAUUUAUAUAAGCUAAUGGUCGGGUCUUAUUUCUCUUGUCCAGAAUAAGGCUGUAGGAAAAGAUGACCCAGAAAAUGGGAUCGCCUUGUCAUCCAUCCGUGCCUUCAGCGUCAUGUAAAAUGUACAUGGAUAUCGCAGAUUGUUUUUCAUAGCCUAUUUCAUAAUGUAACUGCCUUUAGGCUACAUUUAUUUUAAGACACAGAAUAAUUGUGUAUUUUAGGAGUGUGGGUAACCCACUCUACUUGGUCUCCAAGUGUCAAAUAAAAUUACUCUCUAAAUGGGAAUUUUUCAUUUAAAUGGGAGCAACCUCGAUAUAAUCGAGACUCGUGUUUCGAACCAAAGAAACAAACCCAUGGCACACCGAACAAGGCCUAUAGCGUUUAUAAUAUGGGGUCUCCAUGCGACAAGUGAAGUGGUCGCCUGUGGUUUCUCAUUCUCGUAUGUAGGCUACCCACAGUGAUCUAUUUUUCUCUAGGGCUAUAGCCUUUUCUCUAUUUGUCCUCCCUCCCCCACUAAUUUCUGGAUUAAAAUCGGACCACCGGUUUAUCAUCCUGAAUGGAAAGCAUAUGUGGCCCAGUUGAUUUGAAACAAGUGUUUUUUCCAUUACUGAGCAUGUUUUUCUAAAGCGGCCAUUUGCCCAAACUGAACUGCGGGAAGCUUUUUCGAUGUUUACUGUCUGAAUUUUAGUGGGUGAUAUCAAUAGAGGUGGAAUUGAUGACACACAACUGGACACCGCUGUUGUACUCCUAUUAUAUUCCACUGUGCAAUCCUGGAGCAGUAGCCUACUGCAGUCACUGGGAAUCCGACACGUUUCAAGUGUGCUGUCAGUGGGGUUUUGGCAAUUUCGCUGGAAAUGUGGAGUGGUGUGUUGUAGGUGCCUCACGACGCGUCAAGAUUUGCCUGGAAAAAGACAAGGAGGAAGAUAUGAAUCCGAGAAGAUGAUGAUGAUGCUGGAUACACAGAAUGCGACCCAGGAGAUUGGUGAGGAGGUGGAGGACGGGGCGGUUUACACCAUCACCCUGCGGAAGGUGCAGAUGCUCCACCACCACCACCACCACCACACAGGGCACCAUGGAGGCGGAGGAGGUGGGGCCAGUAAGGGCCAGCGCUGGCUGGGUGUGGAGACAGACUCGGCUCUCAGCCUGUACGAGACGUGCAAGGUGCGCACCAUCAAGGCGGGCACGCUGGAGAAGCUAGUGGAGUACAUGGUGGCGGCCUUCCGGGGCAACGACUCCACCUAUGUCACCAUCUUCCUCUGCACCUACCGCUCCUUCGCCACCACCAAGCAGGUGUUGGAUCUCCUGCUCAACAGGUAUGCCAAGCUUCAACACCUGCCUGGAUCAGAGGGCCACAGACUGACUCAUGAUGACCGCACAGACCUGAGGAACACGAUAUCCUCCAUCUUGGGGGCGUGGCUUGACCAGUACUCUGAGGACUUCUGGAAGCCUCCGGAGUACAGCUGCUUGCGGCGACUCAUCUCCUAUCUACACCUCAACUUCCCGGGAUCGGAUCUUGAACGCCGUGCCUGCAACCUCUUGGCUCACUUCCAUCGCCGGCAGCUCCAGGAACCGGAGCACGACUUGCUGGACCAUGGCGGCUAUCCUUUCACCCUGUUAGAGGAGAAUGGCUAUGAGGAUGAGCGGCUGGACUUCCUGAACUUUGACCCCACAGUGGUGGCCGAGCAGUUCACCCUCAUGGACGCGGAGCUCUUCAAGAAGGUGGUUCCCUACCACUGUCUGGGGAGCAUCUGGUCGCAGCGGGACAAGAAGGGCAAGGAGCACCUGGCGCCCACCAUCCGUGCCACAGUCACCCAGUUCAACUGCGUCACCAACUGCGUCAUUGCCACCUGCCUGAGUGAGCGCUCGCUCAAAGCCGCCCAUCGCGCCAAGUUGGUGGAGCGCUGGAUCGAAGUGGCCAGGGAGUGUCGAAUCCUGAAAAACUUCUCUUCGCUGCGGGCCAUCCUCUCUGCUCUGCAAUGCAACCCGGUCCACAGGCUGAAGAGGACAUGGGACGAGGUGUCCAGGGAGAACUUUCGCAUCUUCCACGAGUUGUCAGAAAUCUUCUCAGACGAAAACAACCAUUCGCUCAGCAGAGAGCUGCUCAUUAAGGAAGGCACGUCCAAAUUUGCCACCCUGGAAAUAAACCCCAAACGAGCUCAGAAGAGACAACAGCAACCAAGAGACCUGAGUGUGAUGCAAGGGACUAUUCCGUACCUGGGCACUUUCCUUACAGAUCUGGUCAUGAUGGACACAGCCAUGAAGGACUACCUGGACGGAGGGCUGAUCAACUUUGAGAAGAGGAGGAAGGAGUUUGAGGUGAUCGCCCAGAUCAAGCUUCUGCAGCUGGCCUGCAACAACUAUAACUUCACCCGCAACAAGCGUUUUCGAGAGUGGUUCUCUGGUGUGGACAAACUCACAGAAGCAGAGAGCUACAGCCAGUCAUGUGAGAUCGAGCCUCUGUCUGAGUCAGCCUCCAACACUCUGAAGAAGAAGAACACAGGAAUCAUCAAACGCUGGAGCGACCGGCAGCCUGCCAGCUCAGAACCAGGUUGCAGCAGUGCAGGCAGCUCCCACUCCAAGUCCUUCGACCAGCUGCGCUAUGCCCCCUGCCUGGGGGGCUCCGGCGGAAGCGGAGGGGGGGACGGAGCGGACUCUGUGAGCGUCACCUCGGCUGGCUCCAGCAACUCUGACGUGGAGGAGAUCAGUAUAAGCUUCAUCUCAGACUCGCCUGACGGCCAUGAGCGAAAGACCUCCACGCCUUCCGUAAAACAUUCCAAUUCCACGUUAGGGAAGUGCGGCCCCUUGCCUGACCUGGCACCCACGUUCUGGGAAUCCACAUCUCUGUCCUCCCUGGACGCCUCCGGUCUGGGCUCCGGCUCGGGCUCCAGUAGCGCCUCCUCCUCCUCCAUGUCCUCCACACCUGUGGCCGGGGCCGGCUCCCGCUCACACAAGCGCUCCGUGUCGGGCGUGUCCAGCUACUCGUCGCUGUCGCUGCCCCUCUACAACCAGCAGGUGGACGACUGCUGCAUCAUCCGGGUCAGCCUGGACGUGGACAACGGCAACAUGUACAAGAGCAUUCUGGUGACGAGUCAGGACAAGACGCCGGCGGUGAUCAGAAAGGCCAUGGUCAAACACAACUUGGACCGCGAGAGACCGGAGGACUACGAAUUACUGCAAAAGAUCUCUGAGGAGAAAGAGCUUAAGAUUCCGGACAAUGCCAAUGUUUUCUAUGCCAUGAACUCCGCGGCCAACUAUGACUUUGUCCUGAAGAAACGUGGAUUCCCCAAGGUGGGGCGGACCAAGCACGUGGCCAGCUCCACCCUGCCGCGAAUGAAGCAGAAAGGCCUCAAAAUUGCUAAGGGCAUUUUCUAAGGGGCGACGCCAAGUCACGCCCAUGGAAACCCUUGCCCACCUCCCUGCUAUCUGCUGGGCUCCCUGGGUGAAAUCUUUUAGUGCCACCCCUGCUGUGCCAUGGUAGAGGUGCCUGGUGCCAGUACGGCCGCGUGUUUGCCGUCUGAGCAUCAAGGCCUCAGAGGACUAAUGAAGUGAAAUGGAAAGUACCAUAUGCCCAUGAACUCACACUGGACUCCAUUUGGUGAGGCAGGUUGUGGAAGAAGUGACUCUGUCGAUUCUGGAUAUAAGGACACACUAAGUUCAUCCAAAUCUGACCCCUCUCCUGGGUGUUUCCUUACCAGGCUACAGCUCAUGUUUCCUGGUGUCCAGGUCACUUCCUGUGAACCCACAUCACUUCCUGUUACCUUAAGCUCACGUUGGACAUCAGAAUUGAGAGUGGGCAGUGAGCAGAAGGAAAGACUGAUGGAAAAUGGUGAUAAUAUGUCACCUGUGUGUGUCGGAAAAUGCCUUCCUCCCCUUUAAAGGAGUUACACUUCCUCUAGUUUCUAUGACUUCCUUCAGCGAAGGUUCAGGCACAUUUCACCAGAUGGUACUGUUUUUUUACACUCCUUUUUACACUACCAACAACUGCAUCUGUUUCUGUGACAUUCUAUACCACAUACUGAAACAGAUGGACAGUUGGACAGAUGCUCAGCACUGCCAGCUUGCAAAGGGAGACACUACAACAAAUUACUACAAGGAAUUUAGGAGAAAACAGGCCCUAUUGGCUGGCUACAUCUGGUUGUUGAUCAAUCAUCAGACUUUUUAACUCCUGACUUCUAAUGGGAACAAGUCCAGUAUGUUUAACUAACACUAUUCACAAAAAUAGGGCAUUAUUAUUACUAAGCUAUCAGUAAUAGCUACUUUUGUCACUGCUUUGAUUCGGCGACGCUCUUGCAAUUAUUGUGCAUUGCGUCAUAUUUCUCUUAGUGGUGCUAACAGACAGUGGAAAUGCAAAAGCCGGCCCGCUUCAACCCUGGCCUCCCUUCCAUACCUGAUGUUUUCAGUUUCACACAGCUCUCUCCUGACGGCAGGGCCAAUGAGAAGGAGGAAGCAGCCCUAUGGCCCUACUGAUGAUGGGUCACGGAGGUAGCGCAACUCAGGCGUCCAGCAUCCAUUUUGGUUCAGUAAUUGCGGAUUUGAACGGUUGCAUUUCUGGAAUAAAAAAAAAAGCCAUGGGAUCGAUUAGAAUACAUUAAGGUGGCCUGAAAUUCACAAUUUGCUGGGUGGCCAUUGCAGUUAAGGCUUUUUUUAGACUUAAUAGCUUCUCCUCGAUUGGCAAUGCCUCAGAGAACAGGACUGUCUACAUGUGAGUGGCACAAAAUGGCUGUUGUUGGCAUGGUGACCACUAAUCUUCAAGAAUGUUAGAUUUAACUGCAAGAGCCCAUGUGUGCUAGGCCUUCUUUGUCAAUGAAGUGUAUGUAAAAGGAAACUGUGCUACCUUUUAACUAGGACUGUGUGUGUAUGUAUGUAUGUAUGUGUGUGUGUAUGUGUGUGGUGUAUGUGCGUGCACGCGUGUGGGUGGAAAGCACUCAGAAAGAGAAACAUGAAUGUUGUAUUGUGAAAUGAAUUGUGGUCUUCAAAUGUCUAGUCUUUUUGUUCCCUGUAGUGUACGGCAGAAGGUUUUCUGCUUAUUGCUCUCUUUCUCUCCUCUUGAGGCCUUUCUUCCUUGUGUACCAGGGUUGCCGUCCCCUUCAUUUCAACUCAUAACUUCAACUUAAUAAAGGAGAUAAAUUAAAGAGAGGAAAAGAAAGUACAAGCCAAGUCAAACACAGUCCACUCUAUGUGUGCCAAAGAACAGAGAAGAGUGUACUGUCAUAUAGGGUCAUAGAUGGUUAUGAAAGUAUAGAGAAUGCUGUGAGAUUUGUGAGUUUGAUUGCUGUUGAGAGACACCUGGCUCGCACGUUGUCUGAUUCUCUGCCUACGAUGAUGACUAAAGAGUAAUGUCUUCAUGAGUCCUUGGUUUGUGAUAACCCAUUUUGUAAAACUCCUCUUUAUUCAGUAUUUCAGCUUUUUGGAUCAAAAGCCAGUGUCCCUAUUUAACAGCAGCCAUGGCAGUGGUGUUGUGGAUGACAGUGUUAAAACUCAAGCCUGUGUCCAUUCUCAAAAGGUUUCUUGAGAGACGUUUCAACUGACCAUGUCACACUGUGACAGUCAACAGACACAUGAUGUCUACCAGAGGGACACUGUGACAGUCAAUAGACCCAUGAUUUCCACCAGAGGGACACUGUGACAGUCAAAAGACACAUGAUGUCUACCAGAGGGACACUGUGACAGUCAAUAGACCCAUGAUUUCCACCAGAGGGACACUGUGACAGUCAAAAGACACAUGAUGUCUACCAGAGGGACACUGUGACAGUCAAUAGACCCAUGAUUUCCACCAGAGGGACACUGUGACAGUCAAAAGACACAUGAUGUCUACCAGAGGGACACUGUGACAGUCAAUAGACCCAUGAUUUCCACCAGAGGGACACUGUGACAGUCAACAGACACAUGAUGUCUACCAGAGGGACACUGUGACAGACAACAGACACAGGAUGUCUACCAGAGGGACACUGUGACAGUCUACAGACACAGGAUGUCUACCAGAGGGACACUGACAGUCUACAGACACAGGAUGUCUACCAGAGGGACACUGUGACAGUCUACAGACACAGGAUGUCUACCAGAGGGACACUGUGACAGUCUACAGACACAGGAUGUCUACCAGAGGGACACUGUGACAGUCAGACACAUGAUGUCUACCAGAGGGACACUGACAGUCAACAGACAGGAGGUCUACCAGAGGGACACUGACAGUCAACAGACAGGAUGUCUACCAGAGGGACACAGUGACAGUCAACAGACACGUCUACCAGAGGGACACUGUGACAGUCAACAGACACAUGAUGUCUACCAGAGGGACACUGUGACUGUCAACAGACAGGAUGUCUACCCGAGGGAUAUUGUGAUAUGGGUAUUUCUUUCUUUUUUUCGUUUCCCUUUGAUCAUUUCAUCCAGGUCCUCGUUUCCCAGAGCCUUCAUAGCAUUAAGAUCAUCAUAAGAAGCGUCUUAAAAUGUAGCUUUAGGAGCCAAGUCAUUUCCCAGAGCCAUUCUUAGUUACUCCUAAAAACCAGCGCACAUCUACUAGUGACCCAGACCCAGGCACUUUUUUCACAAAAGAUUUCCGCUUGUCCUAGAAUCAGGACUUGUAAGCUAUCAAGUCAUAGAAUCAGGACUUCUUGGCAAUCAAAUAAUAGUUCAAGAUUUGUAUCUAUCUGGUUUUUACUGGCUUCUACAGCAGUGAUGUGUAAUAAUUUUGGACUCCAGUGAUUUCAAAAUUCCACAAGGACCUCUGUACAUCUAGAUCCAUUAUAGGUCAUAUCCUUUCUAGUAGUAGUAGAAGAGAUGUUUGAGAGUGGCCUGGGCUGUUUUCUUCCCCGGUUUCACACAACAAAAUUCCCAUAUGCAACUUAUUUACUUUUAACACUGAACUAAAGGCAAUCUGAUGUUAAGAACUUGGAAACGAGGGCCUGAACAGCGAUCUGCUAGCUGGCUCUGAUACUUUCAUUUGACAUUGUCCUUUCCAGUACAGUUUCAACCCCUAUCAUUAAUAACAGAACAGCUUGGUUCAGUUCAAUACAGUAUGAACAUACUUUCCAUCUGCCACGUCAAACCUAGAACAUGUCACCACACAUCAAGACAUUAUCAACAUUUACAAAACAUCUCUAAUGCGCCUGGAAGUAAUGGAAAUCCUUUUUAUGUGAUAUGUUGAUAAAUCACAUAUAUGUGAUGUAUACAUGUGAUGUAUUACACAUCAGCUGUCAUAAAUAAGGGUCAUAGUUACUACAUUAUGAAUGCAUUGACAGUAUGAUAUAAAUGCAGUGACGUCCAUUUACAUUUGCUUGCUGGUGACAGUGAAGGUGUUGAAAAAUAUGCGGUAUGUUGGUGUAUAAUUGGUCUGUUUCCUGUGCAUGUCAUUUGAUUGAGUUCAUAUCAUUGGUGUGGACAGAAGUUGCCCUAGUCUCUAAUACAAGGAGAAUUUGUAUCGCUGAAGUGUUACAGAUAAUGUGCAAUAAAAAACAUUAAAGUGAUUUCCAAAAGAGCAGCCACGGAGCAUCUCAAUGCAGCCUCCGCAAAUGUGGGAACACUGGCAUUGAAUUUAAAUCACGCUGAACUUACGUAAUUAGGAUUGAAUGGAGCCUGUGGUCAGCAAUCUCCUGCGACAUGGGUUAGGGUUUGGGAACGCUGAUCUGGGCAUAAAUUGACUGUCCAGUGAAAGUCUCAAGUUAAAAAACUCAUACCUAAAAAACAUAUAGUUGAGUCAUCUGACGUGUGGAUUUGUCGCCAAAGAAUGGGCUCGAGUUGGGUCAUCUACUUGCAUCUGAAACCGAGUUGACCAUUUCAACCGUUCCAAUAACUAUUGGCCAUAUUUCAUAGAAAUCCGAAAACAGUCAAUAAGGGAGACGUUUUUCAUUUUAUAAGACAUCCAUGUGCCAUGUCUAAAACAUAUGUGUAUAUCCUACAUUGAUGUCAACGGGAGAUUUGCACUUUAUAUCCCGAUGAAUGUGUGAAUGUGAACUAAGCAUUAAUGUGUGUUUACUUUUGCAUGUCUCCCCAGUUACCCAGCAUAUCAGUGUAUUGGAGAGGUUGGAGAUGGGGAUGUGUCAAAAAGAUGUCAAUAAUUCAGGUUUCACAAAUCUGUGUGUGUGUGUGUGUGUGUGUCUAUGUAUUGUUUUUGGUGAAAGGAAGGUCCAAAGACAACUGCACCAGUUCCUCUAAGUUAGUCCCUCUCAAAACACUGCCUAAUCAGAAACUGUCACCUUGCCUCAUCCUCUCACAACGAUCAUCUAUAAACCUUUAUGCUGUCACUCUCCAUCACUGUCAAAGACUCUGAACUCUCUGACGAUUACCUGUUCGAUGUUUUUUCUAUGUUGUUUUUGUAUUUUUUUGUAUUAUAAAAGACUGUGUCCUUUGUAGUUUGUGUUCUUCAUUCUCCCCUCUUUUGUGUUUGCUGGCUAUAUUUAUUAACUUGUAAAUACAUUUUGUAGCAUUGUACAUUUGUUUUCUUUUCCCAUGCAAUUACAAAUUAAUAUAUAUGUAAAUAUAAAUAUAUAUGCGAAGUUUAUACCACUGUAUUUGCGGGUUCACUGUUCUCCACAUCUUGUUAACUUUGGUUGCUUUAUGUCAAUCCCCUGUCUUUUUUGUAUAAUGGUCAGUUUUGAUAUUGCUUUCCCUAUUAUUGCGCUGUUUGUAACAAUGGAGAAAAAACCCACCUAAUAAACACUUACCAUGUGUCAAA